AUGCCUCCGCUGUUUGACACCUGCACAAUGGAGCUUGCUCCUAUGCUGCAGACAAAACACGGAGUCAUUGAAGAUCACACAGAGCCAACAAUGUGUUUUCCGGCCUUGUGGAAGCUAGAUAUGAUAGCCCUGUUCCAGAUCUGCCUGAUGGUGUGCCUCUAUUUCAUACCACUUGGUCUGAUGGCCUGCCUGUACACCCACAUAGCUGUCGUGCUCUGGAAGAAACGAAUACCUGGAACAGCAAAUCUGCGUCUGAGGGCAACGACUUCCAAUAGCCAUUCCCAGGAGAAUAAUACCUGCAGACUUACUGGCCCGAAGAAAGCGAUCAAGAUGUUGGGGGCCAUUGUGACAGUGUUUGCUCUAUGUUUCCUGCCUAACCACACACUCAACAUCCUCAGAUACACGAAACAAUUAAAGGCAGUCCCGAAUCUGCGGAUGAUCGCUCUCAUAUCUCACUGGUGCAUGUUUUUCAACAGCUGCAUCAACCCCAUCAUCUAUAACUUCAUGAGCGAUAAAUUCCGAAGUGAGUUCCGUGUCGCAACAGCUCUCUGUUGUUUACGUGGCAGAACCAGAAGGCUGAGCGUAUCCAGGGUGAUGUACCGCAUGACGACGCUCUACACGAGAAAUGCCACCGGUCAAAACAGCAAAACAACAUUACGUAUAACAAAAGACAAUCCAUGA